AAAGUGCACGGCGGGCACGCUGAUUGGGUCUGGCCUUGUCCUACGAGCCGCCGUCACCACUCUGUCUCCCUCGCUCCAAGGAGAGAGGAUGGAUUCUGUGACGACACAUGGUAGCGCUGCAUGGUGAUCGCCUUCCCAUGCAGCCUUAUCCCCCAACUCGGGUGCUACGCCUGCGGGUUUCACCUAGCAGUAGUAGUAGUAGUACGCCUAUCAUGUAUUCGGUAACUCUCUGUACAUCACCCAGAUGGGCGGUCGGGUGUACAUGGAGCUACGGUGUGCCCAAAGGAUCCCCGACGAAGGCGGCGAUGACGACUCACCACCACAUCCCCGUCUGGCGGCAAGGAAGUUGCCUACGGACCACACCGUCCGGUUCUAUCUGUUUGAUUUCGAGUGAGCAUCCACAACAUGCAAAACUAACAAGCAAACAAACAGACAAACAAGCAAGCCUGCACACACCGCAUGACCCGCUCUCUCUCUCUCUCUCUCUCUCUCUCUCUCUCUCUCUCUCUCUCUCUCUCUCUCUCUUCAUCACGUCUUCUCCACUCAAGAAGAAGUGGGAAUGAAGGUCGAAAUGAAGUGCCCCAUAGAAGGAAAAGAAGGAGAAGAAGAAGAAGAAGAAGUUUCGUCCCUGGUCCCCCCUCCGUACCGAGAACACCGAGCCCCUCCAGUCCAACCCCGUCAAGUAAACUAGCAACAGGGGUGGUAAACGAUCACAGA